AUGGCUCGUCGAUUUCUUCGCGAGCAGAAUAUCACCCUCGGGUUGAGCCUGGUGCUCUUUGUCUUCAUGUUCUUGCCCACUUUUCUAAUUCUCGUGGCGGUCAUCCUCUUCUUUGGGCUGGCCUGGCCGCGACUCCGCGGGUCGAAUGCCCUGGACCGCGAACAAGGGGUUAAAGAUCAGCAGCCGGAGACUAAACAAGUGUCACACGGUGUCUGGCUUUAUAUUGAGCGUUAUUACGGAGUCUUUGGGGACAUUUACGACAACAACUUGUUCUUGCUUCGCAUUGAUGGAUUGAAACAGUAUUGA